UGUAACAGCAAACGUCACCACUAAGACUGGCAGGUGCGACAGGGUUAGGGUUUAGGGUUGGAGGUUUCCUUCUAAAGUACAGAACGGUGCAAGAGAACAAUAGACUCUAGUCUUCUAAGGAAGAAGUCAUUGAUUUUUUGGAUAUCCGGGUGACUAAUUCCUGUGUUCCCUUGUUGUUUAAAGUACUACCACAGUUCUGUGCUAGAUUCACCACAAAAGAGUAGUAUUUACAGAUAUAUUGUUAGACUGAACAUGGGUAGUUGGUAAGAAACGAUGCCCAUGUAGCAGAUUAUUAGUGACUGGACUCAAUGUUGUACUCAACUAGCUAGCCUGGAUCGCAGUUUUUCGUGACAAUCAUACUGCUGCGGCGGGCUGCCUCACAAGCACGGUUAGCAAUGCUUGGGGGAGGGGCCGCCCGACUGCCUUUGAAGUACCUGACCGAGUCUCUGCUGCGGCUGUUCUAUCUCGGUGACGCCUCCUGUGUAUUCUGACAGCAAAAGCAGUGUACGCACUAAAAGGACAAAGAUUAACCUCAGACCUGAAGGAAAAAGGAAACCAGUCGAGAGGGGGCGGCGGCACACACCGCAUACGACUUUGAGUAAAAUCACAGAUAUGGCACUGCAGAGUUCUGUUUAGAAAACAAACCUGCAGGCUUUUGGCUUCCUACCUAUAUUGAGUCAAUGCUUUGAUCUACCUAUACGAAUAGCAGAUUAAUCAUUCCCUGGAUUGUUUUGGAUUUGACGAGAGGCCUGACACCUGGGAACUGCCACUUACUAGUGUUUAUACUACAUCUGUUGGUUAUAUAGCGAACUAUAAUCUGUGCAAAUUUUGCUUAUGGAAUUCUGAGGGGAAAUUCACUACGUGUUCUUACGUACAGGAAUUUACUGACGCUCUUCCAAAGAUGAUGCCGAUGAUCUUAAAUGUGUUUCUCAGUAACAAUGAGCAAGUUUUGACAGAAGUUCCAAUAACACCAGAAACAACGUGUCAAGAUGUUGUUGAGUUCUGCAAGGAGCCUGGUGAAACUGGCUGCCAUUUGGCUGAAGUGUGGCGAGGAAAUGAACGAGCCUUACCUUUUGAUCUUAUGAUGUAUGAACAUCUGCAAAAGUGGGGACCUCGUAGGGAUGAGGUGAAAUUCUUUCUCCGACAUGAAGAUUCUCCAUCUGAGAGCAAUGAGCAUGGUUCUAGAUUAACCCAAGAUCAGCGAAACCAGAGAAAUGGAAUAAGCAUUCAUGGUGAUACCCAAGUUGAAAAUGGGGUAGGAAGUACUAGAAUUGAGCUUACACUUUCGGAGCUUCAGGAAAUGGCUACAAGACAGCAACAGCAGAUUGAAUCACAGCAACAGAUGUUGGUUGCCAAGGAACAGAGGUUACGUUAUUUAAAGCAGCAAGAGCGUCAUCAGCAGCAAUGUGUGUCAGAAAGUGAAAAACUCCAGAAACUUAAAGAACGUGUGGAAAGCCAAGAAGCUAAACUCAAGAAGAUAAGGGCUAUGAGAGGGCAAGUGGACUACAGCAAAGUUAUGAAUGGAAACAUCUCUGCUGAAAUUGAGCACAUCAAUGCCAUAUUUCAGGAAAAGCAGCAAGAGCUUCAGGCUGCAGUUGUUAAAGUUGAACAGCUGACGCAACAGUUGGAAGAUUUGCGUAAAGGAAAACUUAAUGGUUUCCAGUCAUACACUGGACACGUUUCUGGACCUGCUGGAUUGGAGCUAAAGAAGUUGUACCAAGAACUUCAGAUACGCAAUAAACUGAACCAAGAACAAAAUGCCAAGCUUCAGCAGCAGAAGGAACUUUUAAACAAGCGCAAUAUGGAAGUGGCCAUGAUGGACAAGCGCAUAAGUGAACUUCGUGAGCGUCUGCAUAAGAAAAAAACUGAGGCACGUCAAAAAGAAAACAUUCCUUUGAAUCGUAUUAAUGGAACACCGUCACCUCAGCCAGUCUCAAGUGCAUCAGGAAGAGUGGCAGCUGUAGGCCCCUACAUCCAGGUUCCUAGUCCAAGCAGUUAUCCCAUGCCUGGUGACCCUGUAAAGCCUCAGUCCCUAACGGUUGCCAAUUCUGUAGGCCAUGCUAGAUCAAAAUCAGACAGUGAGUGUGUGAAAAAAUCUCCAGGCACCUGGAAGAUUUCUGAUUUAGACAUCAUAGUGGAUCCUGUCAUACCAUCUCCCACUUCCUUUCUGAACUUUCCUGCCACCCGUCUGGUAUCAUCUGUCUCUGAUACGGCACACUCCAGUGAUGCUAACUGGCCAACGCUGAAACAGGGUCCAACAUCUGUGGUGAAACCAACCCAGACUUCUACUGUGGACCGUAAAGAGUCAAACAUGGAUACUGCUUUAAAACCAGGCACAGGGUCCAGUCAACCAUCAACUACAACUUCUCUGUCAGGCAGUAAUGACAAAAUGUGUCCUGAAGUAGGAAAGCCACCACCACCACCUCUGCCUGCAGUACAUAAGCAGCUGCCUCAAAAUUAUGGAACCUACCCAAGCCCAGGACUUAUGGGAGCAGGUUCUACUAAUUCAUUGGAAAGAAGGAAGGAUGGAAGUCUACCAAGACCCAUUUCCAGCUUAUCAAACCGACAGAGACCUUUGCCUGCACCUCCAUUGAGUAAUGCACAUCUACCUGGUUCUUCACAGCAAAUACAGCAGAGAAUUUCUGUACCUCCAAGCCCUACAUAUCAGCCAUUAGCAUCUCCAUUGUUUCCAGCUGGAGAAAACCGAUCUGAUCCUCCUUUAACUGUUGCUAUCAGGCCAUUCUUGUCUGACAAAGGAUCAAGACCACAAUCACCUAGGAAGGGACCUCAGACUGUAAAUUCUAGCUCAAUCUAUUCAAUGUAUCUCCAACAGUCAACACCACCAAAGAAAAACCAGCAGAGUGCAUAUAAUUCCUUGAAUAAGUCACAUACAGUAAAAGCAGUUUAUGGAAAACCAGUUCUUCAGCCAAGCUCAGCAUCUCCAUCACCGCUUUCUUUCCUUCAAGGUCAGGUAUUAUCUCCAUCCCCUCAGUCUCAUUUACUGGAGGAAACUGCGGAAAAGGACCUAGAAUCUGAGACCUCCCAGCCACCCAGUACAACUUCUACAGUUGAAAACAUUCCUCGCCCCCUCAGUCCUACUAAACUUACACCCAUUGUCCAUUCUCCUCUUCGAUAUCAGAGUGAUGCUGAUCUUGAAGCUUUAAGACGUAAACUGAUUAAUGCACCACGACCUUUAAAAAAACGUAGUUCUAUCACGGAACCUGAAGGACCAAGUGGACCAAACAUACAGAAAUUACUUUAUCAGCGCUUUAAUACGCUAGCAGGAGGAAUAGAGAGCAUGCCAUUUUAUCAGCCUACCAGUUCUAAUGACUACAUGGGCAUUUUAGCUGAUGUCGAUAAUGGCAACACUACUUCUAAUGUUAAUACAAUUACAGAGACUAUUUCUACUCAGGAAUCCGAUAUACCUUCUUUGCCAGAAUCGUUGCAUUCCUCAGAUGCCAAUGAUAAUGAACUGCCUAAUCCUGUCACUGAAGAGCUCACCAGUACAGAAACUAGCAACCAGAUUCCUGAGCUUGAGGAUAACAACAACAAUAAUCCAUCUGUGAUAUCAUCAACAGAAGAGUUAACAAGCCCUGCUCCUGAAGUUCCCUCUCCAGAAGAAAUGGAAAUUCCUGCACCGCCAGACAUACAACCACCACUUCCCCCUGCUAAACGCACAAACCUGAAGAAACCAAAUUCGGACAGAACUGGUCACGGUCUUAGAGUAAGAUUCAAUCCAUUAGCUUUGCUUCUAGAUGCUUCCUUGGAAGGAGAGUUCGAUUUAGUGCAGCGAAUAAUAUAUGAGGUUGAGGAUCCUAGCAAACCAAAUGAUGAAGGGAUUACACCUCUCCACAAUGCUGUUUGUGCUGGCCACCACCACAUUGUCAAGUUCUUACUCGACUUUGGUGUGAACGUGAAUGCCGCAGAUAGUGAUGGAUGGACGCCACUCCAUUGUGCAGCUUCUUGUAAUAGUGUCCACCUCUGUAAACUAUUAGUAGAAUCAGGAGCUGCUAUUUUUGCUACAACUAUCAGUGAUGUGGAGACUGCAGCAGACAAAUGUGAAGAAAUGGAGGAAGGCUAUAUGCAGUGCUCACAGUUCUUGUAUGGAGUACAAGAGAAGAUUGGUGUUAUGAACAAAGGGGUAGUUUAUGCUCUCUGGGACUAUGAUGCCCAGAGUAAUGAUGAACUAUCGUUUCUCGAAGGAGAUGCCAUUACAGUCUUGAGGCGCAAAGAUGACAGUGAAACAGAUUGGUGGUGGGCUCGUCUCAAUGAGAAAGAAGGCUAUGUACCUAAAAAUCUUUUAGGGCUAUAUCCAAGAAUAAAGCCAAGGCAACGGACUUUAGCUUGACAUUUCUACAGUUUAUUUUUUCAUUUGUGCAAUAUUUUUACAAUAACUGGAAAUGGACACAGAAUAAAGUGCGUCGUGCAUGAAAAUACACACACCUUCCAACUUCACCUUCAAGAACAAAAGUCGUUUUCAUAGCAAUGGUGCUUUUUUGCCCCUGACAAAUAGCAGUAUUAAAAAUGUUCAUAAAAACCCAUCUGAAUCAUCAUUGCAGAACAGAAAAAAAAAAUGCAGAUUUGGUGCCUGGAAGAAAUAACUUAUUUUUCCAGUGUGAACGAGUGUGACUUAUUCAUAUGAUGGGCUGCAGAACAGAACUGUGCUCAGUUGAUGCUUAUGUGGGUCUGUGCGUUUCCAGCAGAGAGAUGAAUCAAGUAUUUCUAAAACUGCCAUACAUACUGCUAAGACUGUUCCAGGACCACAGAGACUAUAUUUUGCUUUGGUGAGAUAAAUGUUUUAAGAGAUUUCUAGAUCACUGUUACAAUAUGUAUGACAGGUAGAAAUAUGAGCAUGUAUGUUUCCUUUAAUUUUGACUAAGGCACAGAUAAACAAAUGCAAUGUCCAUGUUUCAAGAUACUUCUGUGAAUUAUUUUUCUUUUAAAAGCUUAACUGUUUUAAACAUAAUUUAUUAUUUUGACGUUCUGCAGUAAACAGCAGCAGGUUUUGUGGCUUUUUUUGGACUAAGAUAAAAAGCUUGUUCUGUUAUAUUUAUUUGGAAUAUUGUCAUCCAGAACUACUUCCUUGCAUGAAUGCCCAUUAAGUAUGUAAAGCUCUUUUCCAGGUUGCGGUAUCCUAAAUGACUUGCAUUUUAAGAGUGUUGUAGAGCACAAAUGCAAGCAAAACAGCACUUUGCUCAAUUUUAUAAUCAAAGCCUGCAGAGUACUUUUGUGUUGUGCACAAAAGUAAUGUAGGUUUUACUGUGUUUCAGCACUACAGGACAGCUUGCAUUGCCCCAGUAGCUCUUUCUUUUGUUGGAUAUACAUAGCUGUAAUGAGACAGACCAGAUAAGGUUAUAAAAUCUGCCACAUAUACCUGAAAACUGGGGUUGACUGGGAUUUUUUUGUAUGUUGUAUGAAUGGGUGAGAAUUGUUGAAAGAAGGAGAGAGUUCAGUGUAGACUUGCAGUGUUCUGUUCAACAAUAUUUUUACUUUUUCCUCAUGAAGUAUUACUGGACAGACCCUAACUAUGUCAGGAGGAAGGGGUUUAAAGUGAGUACAGUGUCUGAAAGUUUGCUGAUGACGUAUGCGAGUUCUGAUAAAAACUGUUAAUGUUUCUAAUUACCUUAUUAAUAACAAAAAAGAAAAGUCUGAAAAGAAUACAGGAUAUUACCUGUUUGAAAGAGAAAUUUAUAAUGUGAGGAAAAUUAAACAUCAAUACUCUGUGGUCUGAUAGUUAUGCCAGAUGUCAGGAUUGUUAUGCAAUAAACACUUUCACUAUUUGCAGUUAAUGAAAAAAGGCACUUCACUGGAAAUCCAAGUAUACUUUUUUAUAUACCAGUAAAGUAUUGACUAUUGUUAUAAGCUGUGGCUUGGCAUUGUUUGAAAUGUUACUUUCCAUGUGUAAAAGUAACAUUUUUGUCUUGAUUUCAUUCAAGUAUGUUGUGAAAUAUUUUUUACACAUGAAACAGUGCUGUAAUUUGUGUACAGCUAUGUAACUUUCAGUGUAAAUAUUGUGAUGAAAGUGAAAGGGUGCUGUCAUUAUCUACUGUACAAAAAGUGACUGUAAUUUAUGUAGAGCAUAGACGUUCACAGUGAAUUAAAACCUGUAAUGUAAAUGUGCACAAUAAAAUGUCACCACGGCAUGGUAGCACAUGGUUGUUUCCAUUUGA